AUGGACUUUUCUUUCUCAACAUGUUAUCUAGGCGACACUAAAGUGCGUUUCUUUGAACGACCCAACAACUACAGUGCCGCUGCUCAUGAGUUUCUUCGUUCUAACGAGGAAAAUGUUGUGGAUCAGAUUGAAAAUGCUCAGCUGGAUGGGAUUUUACCAUUAGAAGCUAAGGACUCGCAGAAAGUUAAUAUACGUGUUUCAAAACAUGGUGUUUGGAUAAGCAGAAACAUAGAUUCGACAACAAUCGAUCGCAUACCUCUUGUAAACAUUGUAUUCUCACUGGCUUACGAUGAUGGGUUCACUCGAUAUAACGUUGCAAUGGUUGUAAAGGCUCGUCAAUAUGAACCAGAAUACAAAUGUCACGUAUUUCAAUGCAACUCAUUGCGAGAAGCAGAUGAGUUUCUACGAAAGAUCGACCAUCUUUUUGACUCUGUCGUUGACACUAUUGAGAGUAGAGAAGCGGAGGAAUGCGAAUGGGUUGAUGUGUAG